GGGCAGGAGGAUAGAGCGCGCAGGAGAGAGAGAGAGAGAGAGUGAGAGAGAGAGAGAGUGAGUGAGAGAGAGGGAGAUACGCAUUGACUGAGAAACAUAGAUUUUCAUCCAACCUAUCUGUUUUUUUCUAAUCCUCGACUGCACUGUUUAACGUUGAUUGUCUAGCUGGACAAUAUUUUGUAUUAGCCUAUUACGCCGUUUCUUUUGACGAAUAUUGGCCCUCGUUGCUGUAAUUUAAGUGUAUUUGUGGCGAACUUCUCAUAUUUCCCAUUUAUACUUAAACUGCAUCAUGAAUAGUUUGUGGGCACCUCUCGAUCUCAUACCUUUGGAAUGGUGGGGAUUACGCAGCCGAAAAACGGGGAGCAUGUAAACGCGGAUGGAGUUUGGGAUUUAUUGCAAAAUAAGGGAAAGAUGACUGUCUUCUCUUUGUGUCUCCUAUUGUGCGCAGAUCUACUGGAUUUAGCUGUUGGAUAUUUGACAGUAACCAUUGAGCCCCUUCCUCCUGUUGUUGUGGGAGAGACUGUCACCCUGAAGUGCAACUUCAAGACUGAUGGAAGACUUCGAGAGAUUGUGUGGUAUAGGGUCACAGACGGGGGCACCAUUAAGCAGAAGAUCUUCACCUACGAUGCUAUGUUUAAUACCAAUUACUCUCAUAUGGAGGACUACCGCAAACGGGAAGACCUUGUCUACCAAUCUACAGUCCGGCUCCCGGAGGUACGGAUCUCGGACAAUGGACCGUAUGAAUGCCACGUGGGCAUCUACGACCGAGCAACGAGAGAAAAGGUGGUCUUGGCAUCAGGAAACGUCUUUCUCACCGUUAUGUCACCUCCAAACAACAUCUCAGUUUCGGCAGAGAACUGUCCAGCUCCAUUCAGCCGGUACCAGGCCCAGAACUUCACUCUGCUGUGCACUGCAAAGGGAGGCAAACCUGCACCUUCGGUGUACUUUAAGCGGGAUGGAGAGUUGAUAGAGGUGAUAUCCUACAUCCACCCCUCAGCCGAGGACGGCGGUGGCUCAGCAGGGGUGCGGGGUGCCAGGCCACUCAUCAGCAGAGACCUGGACGACACCAAGCUGCAGAGGUCCCUCUCCCUGUUGGACCCCGAGGGCCGGCCAGCCCGCAUGUUCACCGAGAGCCCUGAGCAUCGUUGGACCCCGGGCCAGCACACCCAGGGUCGGCAGCAGAAGGAGCAGCCCAGCCCUGCCACGGAGAUCAUUCCAGAGACAGUUGUGAGCCGGGAGUUCCCUCGCUGGGUCCAGAGCACUGACCCACUCUACUACUUCAGCCACACUCACAUCUCCCAGAGUGAUGGCUCUGUGCUGGUGCAGGCCAGACUCACCUGGACCCUUAACCCCCAGCUGGACAAUGACGCCAUGUUCAGCUGUGAGGUCAAGCACCCAGCACUGUCCAUGCCCAUGCAGACAGAGGUCACACUGGCGGCUCCUAAGGGCCCCAAGCUUUUGAUGACCCCCACCAGGGCAAAGGUAGGGGAUACGGUGCGCAUCACCGUGCAAGGAUUCCAGGUAGGCGCUGGGGUUCCUGGGAAUGAGGUGUUCCCUGAGCCCCUCUUCACCUGGACCCGGGUCGGGGGCCGUCUGCUUGACGGGAGUGCCGAGCGGGAUGGGAAGGAGCUGAUUCUGGAGCGAGUGCCAGCCGAACUCAACGGCUCCAUGUACCGCUGCACGGCCCAGAAUCCUCUGGGCUCUACGGACACGCACACUCGCCUCAUCGUCUUUGAAAAUCCUGCCAUGAUGAAAAACACUCAGAAUCCGAACAAUGGAGCCCCUCGCGUGGAUGUAGUCGGACUAAUAUGGAUGGUGCUGUCCCUGGCCCUCACAGUGACUGUGGAACUGACGUGAACCCUCCCAGCCAACACACACUCUGUACACACACACAAUACACACACAACACACAGUAGACCCACAGAGACACACACACACACACAAACAAUCCCAAGCCUUUCCAACACACAUACACACACCGCAUACACAUACCACAAGCCCAAAACACCACAACACCACAAACAAACACACAUACAACCACACCACACAGUCCUGCAAGCCUUUUCCAGUCAUCCAACUGGCCCUCCAUGCAUCAGUCUUUCAGGAACCAGUGCCACCACCCGAUGGGCCUCCACUCUGUUUUUGAAAUGAAAUAAUAACAAAGAUUAUAAUAUAAAGAAAACAACUUACUGAACAUGAGAAUAACCACUUCCAGUAUACCCCUCCCCCGACCACACCUUCUUUUUGUUUCUUGUCACACCUCUGCCUGUU